AGACUAACGGUACUUAUAUAUACCGGUAUAUUAUAACUAAGAAAACGGCUACUCUAACAACACUUGUAUUCUCGAAAGUAUUUGCGAGAAGUUUUAAAGGCAUUUUAUUUGUAUCAUAUGACAUAAAUAGAAUGUGCAAAUGACUGUGCAAACUGAGAAAAACAAAUUGGAUGCCGUAUGUAAGCAGAGAAUGUCUUAAGGACUCUAGGUACAAAUGAGGAAGAAUCCAUCUAUUUAAGGGUGCUGGAUCCAAACCAUCGAUAAACAACCAGACAUGGAAGCUUCUGUGAUAAUCCAAAUCAUCUGUACACUAUGGUUCUGUUUAACCAUUUUAACUGAAGGCCAAAUCAGUGUGAAGCUAGAGACUCAGUUUGAAAAUCCUCUAGGAAACUUUCCUCUACUGAACAUCGAGUUUGAUCACCAAAGUAGGAAUGUUUUUGUGAGCGGCAGGAAUGUUCUGUACAGGUUAAGUAUGGAUGGCACCAAACUGAUUAAGAAGGUGGCUAAAAUAACUGGUCCAGAGGCCAACUGCUUAACAUCUGAAUAUGAGGAGUACUGUGGAGUUGACUACAAUACAGUGAUGGUUGUGACUCCUGAUAGUUUGAUUACCUGUGGUACACUAAGAGGUGGACUAUGUAUGAGACGUGAUAAAGAGUCUUUAAAUACUACAUUUACUUCCCUACAUGUCCGUUUAGUUUCAGAUAAGCAGGCCUCCGCCUUGGGAAUCUUUUUAAAUAUUACUGACAAAAAUUCCCCUGGAAUGUUUCAAGAUAUUGUCUUGUUUGCGAAACAGUACACAACUUUACCACUUAGUACUAACAAUUUGGAGGAAGCUGCCAUAUUUUCAGCUUUACCAGAACUGUCAGCUAUGACUAUAGGUUCUUCAACAUUUGGGAAAAUAUUUGAUAUGAUAUUGAAAACACCAAGGAAUGAUGAAAUGGACUAUAGAGUGGUGAUUGAAAAUGACAAUUUUGUUUUCCUUCUGGUGAAUCAGAAUUCACAAUCAAAGCUUGUUAAGAUCUGCAAGUCCAUAGAUAGUGAAAACCCAAAGAGAGUGUAUGAGGACAUUCCUAUAUCUUGUAAUGCAGGGGGGACAAACUUGACUCAUGUCAAGCAUGGAAUGUUUAUUACCAUAUCAGGAAAGAGAUAUUUAGUGGGUCUUUUUUCAAAUUCAAAACCCAUUUUGUCUGCAAUGUGUGUUUUUGAAGAAAAUGAGAUUUACCAGGCAUUUCUAAAGUCAAGAGAACACAGAUAUAUGUGUCCGAAAAAUGAUCUUUCAGAAGAAGAUAUGAUAUUCGCUAAUGAUGUAAAACUAAAAGUCUGUAUCACUAAGAAUGAGUCAGUUUCAGCUGAUUUCUAUGAUGCUUUUCACAAGGGAGAUUAUUGUAAUAAUGUAACAAACCAAAUACCCCAGUUUGGUAUUAUUGUGGGACUUCUGCCACUACAAGGUAAUGCAGUGUACUCAACCCAAUCUCAUCGAGGCACAGUCGUUGGAAGUUCAGCUAUCAACAACUUGACAACUCUCUAUAUUGGAACGGUUGAUGGAUAUGUUAUACAGGUUUUUUAUGACCUAGUGAAAAAAGAGUCGACUGAGCUUCGAAAAAUCAAAGUGGACAAGGCUGAGAUCAGAGCUGUUAGAAAUGUAAAUGGAGAGACAUUCUUCAUGUCUCAAAACAAGAUUGUUAGGUUGCUUCAGGAGACCCAAUGUGGAGAGUACUCAGACAACUGUCAGCAAUGUUUGGAUGUCAGAGAUACCAACUGUGGGUGGUGUGUGACCAGCAAUAGAUGUACCUUAAAAAUGGAAUGUGCAAGUAUAACAACUGAUUACUGGCUUCCAUCUGUGAAAAACAAAUGUCUGAGUCUGGAGUUUAAGGAUUAUCCCUCAGGAUAUGCUUACAAACUGGAUGAUACCACGAAGCCAGUAACAUUGUCUGUGACUUUUGUGCCACCACUGGAAACUAAUGAAAACAUGACAUGCAGACUUGGUAAUAGAUCGAUACCAAAAGAUAUUGCACCUGGUCAGAUUCAGUGUAAAAUACCGGACAAAACAGAAAGGAUAUCAGACAAAGAGGGAGAUAUUCCACUUCAGAUCUUGCUGAAUGGCAAUGUCAUAGCAGAAAGAAAAAUACUGUUCUACAGAUGUCUCAGAUUUCCCAGUUGUGGAAAAUGCAUUGAGCAAGAAAGAACAGAUUGUUACUGGUGUACAGAAGAGGCUCUCUGUAAAACAGCCAGGGGUAGUUGCCUUAACAUUCAAGCCAUUUUUAAACCACAAACUCCGGUUUCCGAUUGCCCUCAAAUUUUAAGCCAGACUGUGUCGAUUGCAUCUGGACAGUCACGGACAUUAGAAUUCACAGGAAAGAAACUUUCAGUACCCGAAACUUUUAUGUACCGGUGUUACGUUGAUGGUUCAGGCCCUUUUAUUGGGAGGAAGAUACCAGGAACAAACAACAUACAAUGUUUGGAUAUAAAGACAGAGGAGGAAGGCUCCAAAAGUGUGGAAAUCAAAUAUGGGCCAAGCGGGAAUGUUCCUUUGGAAGUUUUUAAUGGAGUUGUUGCUCUGAAUGUGAUAUAUUGUGAUGCAAAAAGAUUUGGCGAAGAAAAUGGGGAAUCGGAACUUCCUUACAACAUCAGCUGCACUAACGAAGCUCUGGUGAAUGCAUCAUCACUUUUGGACGGUAUCAUUGAAAAUGUAACAGCGGAUGAAUUCAGCAUUCCGGAGACAGUUAACAAUACUCUUCAACUGAUGAAACACCUGACAUCAUCGACCAAUAAAAUCAGUGCUUGGGAUCUAAAUUCCUCUCUGGAUGUUUUAGACAAAAUUGUCACAGUAAUCAAUGCUACGGGAUCAGCUAUUCAGAAAGAGGUUUUUUACGCUGUUAUAGAUAAUAUUUUGUCACCUAAUAACUCAAACGCUUGGACUAUUGUAAGCGAAAAGACAGAAAAAGACCCAAGUUUCCUUUUAAAAAUUAUGGAUCGUUUCAGCAAGAUUACACUCAAAACCGACAAUAUAACAGCAACGGAAUUUAUCGGAUCCAACUUCGAGCUGAUUAUCAACCAAGCAAAACUCUACGAAACGGGAAUACGGUUUCCGGACGAAAAUUCAAACAACUUUUUUCAAGGUUCCGAAAAAAUUUCUACCUUUCUAGAAUUACCAAAGCAAGUCUCCAAUGCUACCAAAGCUUUCAACUAUGUUGCUGUUCUAUAUAAAACAAUGUCAGACAUUCUGGGAUCUGAUCCUAACAGGAAAGAGUUAACAGUUAAUGAUUUGGAUAAAUCUAAGCGAAAAACCCUUGUCAAUUCCCAAAUAUUGUCCCUUACGACACAGACAGACCUAGGAGUGUUGGAUCCACCUCUAAAUCUUAUGUUUGGACACAAAAAAGAGUCUCCAAAAAAUUAUGCCGCAUGUGUCUCAUGGGAUUUUAAUCUAAAUAAAUGGUCAGAGGAUGGAUGCACUGUGAAACAAACAACUCGUCAGAGAACACUUUGUCAUUGCAACCAUCUCACAAACUUUGCUAUUCUAAUGAGACCAUACACUCCGGUAACAGAAGACAGCCCAUUCUUAAAAACGAUGUCACUUGUUGGAGUAGUUCUCUCCAUAGCUUUUACAUUUCUAACUUCUUUAAUUUACGUCCUGAUAUGGAGAUUUAUCAAAAGUGACCUAAACAUUUUAAAGUUGAAUAUGUGUGGAUCGUUAAUACUGUCAUAUGCAAUGUUUAUAUCCUUUGUGGAAACAACUUCAAAUGAGGGUGUUUGUGUCGCGAUAACGGCUAUUAUCCACUACCUUUUUUUAGUGACCUUCUUCAGUAUGCUCGGGCUAGGUGUCUACUACUUCAUGGGUGUUACGGUGACUUACUAUGCCCUGUAUGUUGCAAACAACUUCAAGUCUAAAUCAAGGGUUUGUUGGUUUCUGGGUGGAAUCUGGGGUAUACCGGUCAUUAUUACAGUAACAAAUCUUGGAGCGUUUUGGGGACAGGGAUACCAUCUGAAGUCGUACUGCUGGUUGUCCAUAGAAAGUGGCUCUCUUUAUUUGUUCAUCAUUCCAGUCUGUCUGAUUUGUUUGAUAAACAUACUUAUAAUUGUUUCACUAUUGAGAGUCCUGUUUGCCUCAAGCAUUAUGGCAAAAUCAUCGCUUCAAAAGAAAGCUUCAUCCGGUCUACGGUCACUCGGAACACUUCUACCAGUCCUGGGAGUUACUUGGCUGUUCGGAAUCCUAGUAGUUAACGAAAAAGCAGUUGUGUUUCAGUAUUUGUUUGUUGUUGCAAAUUCACUGCAGGGGUUUUUCAUUUUUGUUUUACACGUUUUGUUGGACAAAAAGGUGAGGCAUGGCAUAGGGAAUAAAUACCCGAGUUUGAGUGCAAUAUUCAGUUUUGCUGAGCAAGGGACCAAGGAAACUAAUCUCAGUUUACAAAGUCCGUCGACAUCUAAAUCAAAUACACCAAUGAUGAAACCCAAGAAAAAGAGUUUGCUGAAAAGAUUUCGGCAGACCGAAACGAAGGAAUCUAAGUUAUAAAUGUCAGAAAGAAAAAAAUAUCUACAGAUUGUCCACAGUGUGUUUAUUUGUGGAAAAUUACAUCAUUAUUUCAGUUUUGAUUCUAAUAAAGUUAUUUACAUAUAUGAUAAAAAAGAACUUUAGAAAUACCCAAAACAUCAAGAGUUAUUAUAUACAUUGAACGAAUUUGCCAUGAUGUUGAAUAUUCAUAUUUUUAUUGACAAAAAAAUGAAGUGUAUUUAGACUAAACUUCUAAUUUUUUUUUUACCUUUUGCUUGGUUGUUUGUAAAUAAGUUUAUAUACAAUUAUGUAAUUUUUUUAUACGGAUGAUUCGAAAAUAUUUCUAUAUUAGAUUUUUCAUACUGUUUCACAAAUUUAAUCGGCUGUUAUGACAUCUUGUAUAUUGUCAUACAUUACAUCCUGCUAAAUUGUUAGGCAUUCAUUUGUUGACAGCAGUCACGUGGAGACCAUGUAUAUCCAAUACACAGUCUUAACGAAAAAAAAUCUGCCUAUGAGCAUAAUGACAUCGUUCUAAGAGUAUUAUGACGUCAUGCAUUGUAUUCAAAUUGAAACUUGCAAUAUUGUUAUAAAAAGCUUAAUUUUCAUUGAUUUAUUUACUUUUCAGCAUUAAAACAAAUGCAGUCGGUAUAAUAAAAUCUUUACAUCGUUUGUAGUUGACCUAAUAUGAAUUCUACAUAGUCAGUAAAAUCAACGUUGGGGCUCAAGCUCCGCUCUCUUCCUAUAUGGAAUUUACUGACCAUGUAUAAACUAUAUUAAGUCAACUACAAACCAUGGAAGUAAUACUUUAGAAAGCAUAUUAGCGAUUUGGUUCCACUUAAACACAUUUUACAUUUAACGUGACAUAGAAAGAUAAGCUGAAAUAAAAUUUAGUAGUUCAGCAUUGUUGUAUCUGCUUUACCAAUUCCUUCCUUCAUUGCACUUAAAUUGCAACUUACUUUUUUCUUAGACACUUUAAAAGCAACUAUCAUUUGACAUUACCUUUGUUAAACAUUUGUGUGCAUUGUGCAUGUACCUGUCUGCUAUUACAUUUGUUCAAUAAACUUGUACAUGUCUAACAUUACCUGUGAUCAAGAAAUGUAAACGCUUUACAUGUGUAGCAUUGUUGGUGGUCAACACCUGUACGUGUCUGACAAUACCCUUGUUUGAGAAACUCAGUCCGCUGUUUUACAAUGCAUUACAUAUGUAUGCCAUUUUCGCAAAUUUCCAGCAUUAAGGUAUUCAAUGGAACACAAAUGCAGUGCCAUUAAAAAUGUUUCACUUAGUCUUCUUUAUAUUCUGAAAUGUUUCUAUAUAAUUUUUUUCAUUUUUGGGAGUUAAUUUUAAUCAACUCUCGUAUGCAGUUACUCAGGCAAACGGAAUGUGAAACAGUGUUUGGACCUAAGCACAAAUCAACACCGCUAACAACAUUUAGUUCUAAUCAAUAAAAUCGAUGUGAUGAGUUUUUAAGCAUUGUUUUUCAAAGAAACUAAUUUAUAGAUACCUUGUAAAUAGUCAGAUUUUAUUUGGCACGAACAAUUAAGAUAUUUUUGAAGUCGUACAUUUUAUGUAUUCCUACGCCAGAGUUUAAUAUAGUCUCGUUCAACCAGACGCUCGGCUGUCUCCAUAAAUCUCCGACAAGCAGAGAGUCUCUCUUGCUUGUCGGAGAUUAACGGAUACAGAUGAGAGUCUGGUUGAACGAGAUUAGAGUUCGAUUUUGCUUGGAUCCAAACAAUUUAUCAUAACUAUUUCGAUUACUGAUACGCAGUUUUAUGAAAUAAUUCUAUGAAUAUUACACAUGAUUGAUAUUAUAUUUUCACUAAAUUUCUGUAGGAGAAUUCAUAUUAUAAAAAAUGUGCGUAAUUCAAAUACAUAUAGGAAUUUACUUGCCAUGCAUGCAGAAUAACAUAUCGUUGAUUUAAAAAAUAAAUGAUAAUCGAUAAAAUCAACUCUCGUCAGUACUUCAGUACUUUGAUUAUAUGUAGCAUUAAGGUAUUCAAUGGAAUACAAAUGCAGUGCCAUUAAAAAAAUGUUACACUUAGUCUUCUUUAUAUUCUGAAAUUUAUCUUUUUAAAUUUUUUCAUUUUUAGCUCACCUGAGCUGAAAGCUCAAGUGAGCUAUUCUGAUCACAUUUUGUCCGUCUGCCCGUCCGUCUGUCCGUUUGUAAACUUUUUACAUUUUGAACUUCUUCUCUAACACCGCUAAGCCAAUUUCUACCAAAUUUGGCACUAAGCAUCCUUAUGAAAAGGCAAAUAUAAAUUGCAGAAAUGAAAGACCGAUCUUUAUUAAAAGCGGAGAAAACAUCGAAACUGUAGAAAAAGGGAGGUGCAUUUUAAUAAAUCUUCUUCUCAAGAACUACUGAGUCAAAUUCAACGUAAUUUGAAAUAAAUAAUCCUUAUGGAAAGGAAAAUAUAAACUGCAAACAUUAUCGGCGAAUUCUGCUUCAUACCUGAGUAAUUUACGAAAAUAAAAAUAAACAGAUAAUCGCGGUCAAUCAGUUUAUAACUUCGGGUUCGGUAUUCCAUAUCGAAAACGAAAGUUCUUUGUAUAAAGCAGCCAUGUUGUGCAACAGUUUACGAACGAAGGGAUACUUGAAACAUGCUUAAUAUAUUUGUGCCGAUUUCUUGAAGUGAAUUGAGGUUAAAUCUUUCAAUGAGUUGACAUUUUCACUCGUGACCUUGUUUUUACGUUGUUUUGAAUUUCGUUUAAAUUUAUGGAGAUAUCGCCAGUAUUUUGGAAUUUUUACGUAUCGAGUCAGACAGUUAAUUGUUUACCUGCGCUAAAUGAGCAAAAUCUGAUGCACUAACAACAUAUCAUAAAUACUAUACAUUCUAUUGGUACUUCGGUACGACCUCUACGUUAUGGUUGAUUAUAAUGAAACGUGUUUUGUAAGAUGCUCUGCAUUUUCAGUCUAAACGGAGAUUGAUUUUGCUGCUAGAAAUAUAUAGGUAUAAAUAUAUUAUGAAAAAUAAAUUGUGCUCUUUCUUUGUUUUUAAUUUAGUGCAUGUUUCUUUUGUUUUAAUUGAUUAUAAUUUUCCCUUUAUUAACCAUAUUCAGCUGUGUCAAGUUUCGAAUUGUAAGCGAGAUACAGAGCUUUGCUCACAGAACUGAGGCCAUGCUUUUGUUCAUUCUGAAUAGGAAAUACCAAGUUAUGUAUCUUGCUUAUAAUUCUACGAUUGACGCUGAAAUUUUAAUUGAUCAAUAGAAAUGUCUUGCCAAAAGGAUGAUAUGCUGUAACUACUUUCUGGUGCACCUUCUUCAACGAUGAAUUGCAUAAAAUCUACACAAAGAAGAUGGGUGAAUAAGACGUGCAAAAUGCCCAGAUGAGGAAGGAUUAGAUACUGCAAAAUUAAAAUAUCGUUAAAUCUACUAAUUGUUUUAAAAAUAAUUAAAAACAAUGUAUAUUUAAAGUAACAUCGAUUUGUAACCUUUAAGUAUUUUAAAUACUUGUAAUAGGUUGAUUCAAACUGGCGUAUGUGUCUCAAAACCUCCAAAUAAUGUCAUUUUUAUAACUUCAAUGCCUUUUCUUUUAUAGAGUGGGUCUGAGCUCCAUAAUUUUGGUAUAGUCUAAAUGCGUUUUAAUGGAAUUUAAACCAAUUUUAAUCAACAAAAAUGUGGAGAGAUGACCCACUAUACUUUAAAAAUGUAAUUUUGUAGCCCAACAAUUGAACGUUUUAAAAAAAUAAUACAAGUCCGUAAAUUCGUGGCCAACGUCUCAUAAAGCAUUUAAACAACACACUUUGUUGUGAAUAGAAUGGCUCAGUGGUAAGAGCACCUGACAUUAGGUAACUUUAUAGAACAUAGGUUUUUUGGUUGUAGGUUCGAUAUCACCAAAACUUUAGUAUUUAUUAUUUUUUUCUUAUCAUUUUAUGAACAAUCUCAAACUGAAUAUAGUUAGAAAUUACCCUUUUGUAAAACUUGCACUAUAACAUACAAUGUAUCAGUGAAAAUCAUCUUUGUUGUAGACAUUUGUUGUUUUUUCAUAAAGAUGAAAAUAAUGGGUGGGCCUUGGUACAAUAGAGAGACAUGCCUGCCAAUACAUUGAACUGAAUUAUAGCUCUUAACAUAUGAAAACAUUUUUCAGUUAAGUUUAUUCUUCAAUCAAGUGAGUAAGGAUAUGAAACGUCAUACGAAAGGAAUUCAUGCCUGGUAAAUGACAAUCGUUUAUAAUGGAGAAGGCCAAUUAAAUUUUUCAAUGUUUUUAAUUUUGAGGAAUUGAUCGCAUUUAUUCUGGUGCAUUGAGGUAUACUUUUCUUCUUUCACAUACAGGAUUUUUUAAGAUAAAAUACAGUAACUAGUAAGUAGUUGAGGGAGAAAAUGUACCUAUAGCUCUCAUGUAUUUAAAUCUUUUUAUA